ACACACACACACACACACACAGGCCACUUUGUUUCCAGCGGGAAAUGAACGAUUCACUGCGGCUAUUUGCAACUUGUGUGGAUCCGUGCGUAAUUAAAAAGCGAAUGGGGGAUUGUUCGGAGACAAUCAGCAUGCCGCAGGGUUCCUCACAUCCUCCGAGGGAAGGAGGGAGACCCAGGAGGAGGAGGAGUGAGAAGAGAAGGAGGAGGAGGAGGAGGAGGAGGGUGGAAAGAAGUUGAGUUGAGGAAUUUGAAUCCUGUUUGAAGGGGGGGAGAGAGAGAGGGAGAAGAAAGGGCGAAGGGGGGGAAUGUCUGAGUGAGUCUGAGGGAACCGGUGAGAAGGAGAGAGGCUGCAGGGAACACUGGUUUGAAAAAUAAUACUCACUGGGUUUCUACAGUAUAGACUGGGAUUUGGAAAACUUCAGGGGGAAAAGUUUGGAGUGCGCUCGUUUCGCCGCGCGCCCGUUGGAGAGCCGUGUGUAUUUGGAUCAACACAAAACAACAACAACAACAACAACAACACAAGCGGGGAAGCGACCAGACGCGCGGACGUUCCUCUCUCUAUCCACGAUCGGUGUGAAAUCGGAUUUGUUUCGGUUCCCACUCGCGGAUAAACCGGUUUCUGGAUCGUCUGAGUGGGGAGGAGGUAAGGGGGGGCGGAGGUCUUGGAGCUGCUGAGAUGCGGUGAUGGAGUCCGGAGGUGUUUCCAAGAUGACUGCGUUUCUCCUGAAGCUGCUUUUCAGAGGCGACGUCACGUCGAGAGGAACCAUGACCGGGUUUCACAGAUGGUCGCUUCUGAUCCUCUUGUUUUCCGCCUGGAGGCCGGUGGGCGCCGGUUCCCUGACAGAUUUGGAGUUUGAGCGGAGUCCGGCUCAUAUCAUCUCCUCGCUGGGCCGACCCGUCAAGGUGCACUGUGUCCUGACGGGGUCGGGGGGUGAGGAGGAGGACCCGCCUGAUGUGCUGUGGCUGAGAGACGGCGUUCCACUCCAGUAUGCAGACACCAACCAGUUCCAAGGUCACACUGGCGGCCACAGUUGGACGAUAAUAAGCACGCUGAGUAUCGAGAAGGUGCAGCUUCCUGACAUGGGCUCCUACAGAUGUGCUGUCCUGUCGGAACAUCUGCAGGUUCUGUCCGAGGAGGGGAGCAUCCAGCUGGAGGGCCUUCCUCAUUUCUCCGUGGAGCCCCAGCACAUGUCGGUGGUGGCCAACGUGUCCCUGAGCCUGAGCUGCGUGGCCCACGGCCCCCCGGAGCCGGUCAGGGUCAUCUGGCUGCAGGACGGGGCUCCGCUCAACUCCCUGUCGGACCCCGUGGCCAUGUCGCCCUCCACGCUCAACCUCACAGGUCUGAACCGGACCAGCACCUUCUCCUGUGAAGCUCACAACCGCAAAGGUGUGGCCACAUCUGGAUCCGGCACCAUCACUGUUCUUCCGUUGCAGCCUCAGAACCUCCGAGCCGUGGAGGUCACUCAGACCAGCCUGCGCCUGGCGUGGCGGGCGGGGUUCGGCGGCGACUACCCGAUCAUCCGCUGCUCGGUUCAGGCCCGGGGGUCAGGAGAGUCGCUCGCCGACGGCCCAGAGAAGAUGAUCCACAACCAGAACGUGAACAUCCCGCCCUCCACCCACCUCAUCGGGGACCUGGAGCCCCACAGCCUCUACACGGUGAGGGUGGCCUGUCACAGCAGCCAGGGCCCCUCGGCCUGGUCGCCCUGGGUGGAGCUGCGCACCAGUGAAGGAGUUCCAGAGAACCCACCUGUGAACGUGACGGUGGCGCUGAACGGGACGGACGUGCUGAUGGAGUGGGAGGAGCCUCCCGGGAAGCUGAAUGGAGAACUACAGGGCUACAUGGUGGAGUACAGCACGCCUUCUGCUUGAUCCUUUAUUUCCUUUUGUUGACAGGUCAUCAGGGACACUGGAUUGGACACUGAGCUGUCAAUCAACCUGUCCAUCCCCCUGUCC